AAUUACGUUAAGGCGUGGUCCAUUUCUUCCACAAAUAAACAGCUGAGUUUGUAAUAAAAAGCUGAGGUAAAAGCACCAGUUACCUACAACCCGAUCUAGAUAAGUCUAUCCUAACCCUACCAGCUAGAUCUAGAUGCCUCUCUUUGGAAAAAAGAAGAGUUCAGGCGGAGGAUCUGGAAGUGGGUACCCUAAGCAACAAGCCUAUCCUACUCAGCCACCAGUUAACCCUCAGCAAGCGUACCCUCCACAAGUAUCAGCUUACCCCACGCAGCAACAGUACCCCACACAUCAACCGUACCCCACUCAGCAACCCCCUGGACAGUAUUCGUACCCCCAGCAGCCGUACCCACAGUCUCAACCCAAUGGCCCACCACCACCAUAUCAGGUUAACCCAACACAACAACCCCCUGUUCAACAACAAGUUGUUCAACAGACUGCACAGCCCCGAGGAUCUGGAAUCAAUAAUGAGGACCUGGCUUACCUUGCUCUGGCAACACCUUAUGGAUAUGGAUAUGGAUAUGGAUACGGAUAUGGAUACGGAUAUGGAUACGGUGGCGGUCUACUAGCUGCAGCUGCCCUUGGUGGAUUAGCAAAUGAUCAGCAAAGCACUGCUGCGCCAGUUGCUUCAGUGCAGCAACCAUCAGUGGUCCCUGGACAGCAAGUCAGUGGAAUAUAUGAUCAGGGCGCCAGAUUCGACUCAAACAGGCCAGCAAACAUCCCUCCUCCCCCACCCGGAGUGGCCCCAACUUCAAUUCAAACAGCAGCUGCUCAAGGUCAGUCGGUUUCAAUGUCACAGCAGAGGAGAGACGAAUUAGGACUUGGAUCAAAUGGUGGUGCCACAUUUUUUUAAUCCAUAUUGAGGGUUGAUUCUCGUACCUGAAUGUCUUUUCGUUGUGUGUAUACAUGUUACAAUUAUUUGGAGCCUGUGAAGUGCAUAAUUAUUUGUGCUAUUUUUACCUCAGUGCCAGUAUUAAUCAUUUGUUCAUUGUGUG